CAAGAGCCCAAUGCAGCCAUACAUUACACUACGCUCACAGGAAAUCAAGUGUAUCCAUGUGGUUUUGUUGUAAAUCCCCAUGCCCCACAUCUUGGUACAUCACCUGACCGUAAGGUGGUAGAGAGGGGAGGGAGUGAAAGCCCAAGCUAUGGGCUUUUAGAAAUUAAGUGCCCUUCUAAGAACAGCUUCACAGAGUGCCCCUACCUUUACAAGCAGGCAGAUGGUACAUAUAAGUUAAAAGAGUGUCAUGCCUACCAUUAUCAAAUAAUGGGGCAGCUUGGGCUCACAGGUAUGUCAUGGUGUGAUUUCUUGGUUAAAUGUGAAGAGGACUACCACCUGGAAAGAGUACACUUUGAUGUUGCAAAAUGGGAAGAAAUGAAGAGCAAACUUGAUGCAUUUUUCUUUGACUACUAUGUGAC